AUGGCAGCCACCGGAACCGGCGUCUGUGCCGCCGGUUUCUCUCCGAUUCUUCGGAGUAACAUAUUUCCGGCCGACGUAAGGCCGAAACUCUCGGUAUUUGCAUCGGUAACGAAUAGAGCAGUAGAGUCAGUUAUUUUGACCGAGCAAGAGCAACGGAAAAGAGCUCCGACCGUUUGGGAUAAUGGAACCUUCAAGAACAAGAACUCGACGGCAAAUAUAAGAGAAGAUGAGUCGCAGAGUGGAGGUUUGAGUUUAAGAGAUUACUUGGAACUUUCGAGAGAUUUGAUUGCCAGAUCGGACGGUGGACCGCCUCGGUGGUUUUCGCCUUUAGAGUGCGGCGCUCGAUUGAAAGACUCUCCUCUCUUGCUUUUUCUGCCAGGGAUCGACGGUGUUGGACUUGGACUUACCUUGCAUCAUGAAAGACUGGGAAAGAUAUUUGAUAUAUGGUGCUUGCAUAUUCCCGUUAUGGAUCGAACAUCAUUUAAAGACCUGGUGAAGCUUGUUGAAAGCACAGUUAGGUCGGAGUAUUGCCGUUCACGAAAUAGACCAAUAUAUCUUGUUGGAGAAUCUCUGGGGGGAUGUCUUGCACUAGCUGUGGCUGCCUGUACUCCGGACAUUGAUCUUGUAGUUGUUUUAGCUAAUCCAGCUACAUCUUUCGGCAAAUCACAGCUUCAAACUUUAAUACCUUUGUCUGUAAUGCUGCCCGAGCAGCUCCGUGCUGGCUUGCCUUACAUGCUGAGUUUAAUGACAGGUUUCCCAUCAACGUUACUGAUGGCAACCAUGGAGAAAAGACUUCCUUUGGAGCAAACGGUUGGAGAGCUAUCCAAGGGUGCUGUAGCAUUUUCGUCUUAUCUUUCUGUCCUGGCUGAGCUUUUGAACGUAGAGACGAUUCACUGGAAGCUGAACAUGCUCAAAUCAGCUGCAGCAUUUGCCAAUUCACGUCUUCAUGCUGUCAAAGCUAAAACACUGAUACUUACGAGUGGACAAGAUCAGUUACUUCCAAGUAGAGAUGAAGGUGAAAGACUCCGUCAAAUGUUGCCAAAUUGCGAGAUCCGCACAUUUAAUGACAGUGGUCAUGCCCUCUUCUUGGAAGAUGGAUUCGAUUUGGUUACAAUCCUAAUGGGUGCCAGUUUUUAUCGCCGAAGAAGACACCGUGACUAUGUCUUUGAUUAUUUACCACCAAGCCCUUCUCAGUUUAGAAAAAUCUAUGAACCUCAUAGAUGGACUGAGGUUGCCAUGAAUCCUGUAAUGCUCUCAACCUUGGAAAGUGGAAAAGUUGUGCGAGGACUUGCAGGCAUUCCUUCUGAAGGACCAGUAUUGCUCGUUGGUUAUCACAUGAUGCUUGGAUUUGAACUAGUCCCUCUGGUAUCCCGAUUUUGGAUUGAAAGAAAUAUUCUCGUGAGAGGCAUAGCACAUCCAAUGAUGUUCACCAAGUUAAAGGAUGGAUUAUUACCAGAGUUGUCAUCUUAUGAUACGUACAGAAAGAUGGGGGCGGUUCCUGUAUCAGCAACUAAUUUCUAUAAACUUUUUUCAUCGAAAUCCCAUGUCCUGCUGUAUCCAGGAGGAAUGCGGGAGGCUCUUCAUCGGAAGGGUGAGGAGUACAAGUUGUUCUGGCCAGAACAAUCAGAGUUUGUUAGGAUGGCAGCGAGAUUUGGAGCAAAAAUUAUACCUUUUGGUGUUGUCGGGGAAGAUGAUGUUGGUCAAUUACUCUUGGACUAUGAUGACCUGAGCAAGAUACCGUAUUUCAAGGCCAGUAUAGAGAAGUUAACGGAUGAGGCAGUGAAGUUGAGGACCGAUGCUGAAGGAGAGGUCUCAAACCAAGAUGUACACCUUCCAAUAAUUCUACCCAAACUUCCUGGCCGCUUUUAUUUCUUAUUUGGGAAGGCAAUAGAGACAGAAGAAAGGAAGCAGGAAUUGAAAAGCAGAGAAAAAGCUGAUGAGUUGUAUUCAGAAGUGAAAAAUGAGGUUGAAAGAUGCAUAGCUUAUUUGAUGGAUAAAAGAGAAAACGAUCCAUAUCGGAAUAUUUUUGCCCGUUUAAGUUACCAGGCAAUACAUGGUUUUGAUUCUGAGGUUCCAACUUUUGAUAUAUGA